AAAUGUAACGCCGUUGCAUUUUGCAUGUGCGGCCGCAACAGUUCGAUCCCAGGUUGUUUACAAAUCUAUUUCGGGCAGUUCGUUUUGUGCUCCUUUCGUUGUAAAUUUGGUGGCUGUGGCGUUAAUUUAACGUUUUUUAAUGCAUUUAAUGAAAUUUGGUACGUUUUACCGUAUGUUACCAGGUUUCCAAAAUCAAGUUAUACUUAAAAUGCCACGACAUGCUCAGACGCAACAUGGCGACGCGACAGUAGAUGAAGAAAACAUAGUGCUAUUGAAGGAUGCACUCUACCAACCUAUUUCCAAUACGGAGCCACUAACUUGCACGUGGUUCUACAAUGUUGAUCCCAACAUAGUACCGGCGGUUCGCACACUGGUAACGGCCGUUAACAAUUGUGAAUUAAAAGUUGUACUUCCAGAAAAGCGGAAAGCUGAAGAUGUUGAGCAGAUUGAAGCUUUAAAGAAAGCGAGACUGGAGACGAAGGCAUUAAAAGCUAAGCGUCCCGGAUUCUCCGAUGAUAGAUAUGAUGAGACGUCUUACUAUUUUGAAAAUGGAUUGCGCAAAGUUUACCCCUAUUACUUCACCUUUACAACAUUUACUAAAGGACGCUGGGUAGGAGAGAAAAUAUUAGAUGUAUUUUCACGCGAAUUUCGUGCUCAUCCACCCGAGGAGUAUGAACGUAGCAUAUUAAUUGGUUCACUUAAAGUGAAUUAUGAACGCGUGCCAGUCGAUUAUAAGCUAAAGCAUAACGACUUGCUGUCGAAUACUGUGCAUCGACAUGAAGUGCCUGUUACUGACCAACAUAUUAGCAUAGUGCACAUGGACGAGGAUAUAGUUGUCAUAAACAAACCCGCAUCAAUACCUGUUCAUCCAUGCGGUAGAUAUCGUCAUAAUACUGUUGUCUUCAUUUUGGCUAAGGAAUUCAAUUUGAAAAAUUUGCGCACAAUCCAUCGUUUAGAUCGACUUACAUCUGGGUUAUUGCUUUUUGGUCGCACGCCCAAGAAAGCGAGAUUAUUGGAACAACAGAUACGAAACAGAGACGUAGAAAAGGAGUAUGUAUGUCGUGUGGAGGGAAAUUUUCCUGACGGGAUCAUUGAAUGCAAAGAACCCAUUGAAGUUGUCAGUUAUAAGAUUGGUGUCUGCAAAGUUUCACCAAAUGGCAAAGAUUGCUCGACAUCGUUUGAGAAAAUUUGUUACAACGGCUCAACAAGUGUACUACUAUGCAAACCCUUAACUGGACGAAUGCAUCAAAUACGUGUGCAUUUACAAUAUUUAGGCUACCCAAUUGUAAAUGACCCGCUAUAUAAUCACGAAGUAUUUGGGCCGCUCAAAGGUCGUGGUGGAGAUAUUGGAGGUAGAACCGAUGAGGAGCUGGUAAAGGAUUUGAUACAUGUACACAAUGCUGAAAAUUGGUUAGGAGUUGAUGGUGGUUUCGAUAGUGAAGGAAUGACUUUGGUAAAACAAGAAGUUAUAGGAAAUGGAGCUGGUGUGCCUGAAACUGUAACAAAUGCAAUUGAAGACACAACGCCUACUGGCAUAGUUAAUGAAAGAGACAUUGAUGUAAAGACAGAGCCUGAAGAGCAACCAACCAAAGUAUCAGUUGGCACUCAAACUGGUCAUGCCCCACCUGAUACUGUGUAUAACAAAACGAAAUUAAGUUUUGAUAAGCAUUGUUAUGAGUGCAAAGUACGCUUUAAAGAUCCUAAACCGAAGGAUUUAAUUAUGUAUUUACAUGCAUGGAAAUAUAAAGGUCCGGGAUGGCAGUAUGAGACACCGCUACCCGAUUGGGCAGGUGAAUUUUGGAAGGAAUCGUCGGAAUAGAAAUAAUAAAAACUUCAAUUGCAAGCAGCUGUGACAUUCUGGUAUAAUAUCCCAGUAGGAAAUUGUAGCUGAUUAUUAGCAUCAUUAGAUAAAGUUGUUUUUGUUGUAGAAAUAUGUACAUUUGAGUUUUUUCAUGAUUUAUAUUUUUUGAAAAUGAAAUUGUUGGAUAAACAAUUAGGCAUUUAAUUGUUUUUGCUAUACAAAUAUUUGUUUAUAUAAACGAACGCAUUCGGCCCUAUUAUGGCUGUCGACGUCGUCGUCGAUGUAAGAAGAAGAACCUUUCCGCAAAAUACUGUGGUCAGCGUAGCUUGAGUUGGAUUUACGAGGACUAUUUUUGAUUAAAAAAUGACAUCGAGGUCGACGUUGACAACUAUAAUAGGGCCGAUUAAUAACAUACAUACAUAUUUAUAACGUUUACAUCGUAUCAAUAGCAUACCAGCAACUAAUGUUCGCUUAUAAUGUUUAUGACUAUAUCUAUAACUGUAAGGAAAUCUACGUUUGAUCAUUGUGCUUUUAAAACGACUAUAAACCUGUAAAUGUCUGCAUAUUUCUAACAACUGUCUACAUACAUACAUAUUUUUUUAUAGCAUGAGAGAGAGGGAGAGACCUUUAUAAAUAAAUACUAAUGGUUUUAUAAAUUUAAAUCGGAAUAUUUUUUUGCGGUUAAUAUAUCGACUAGGGCUGGGACUGUCCAUUCGAAUAUUGGUGUAUACGGAUAAAAUCCGGUUACACUGUU